ACUCACAAGAAGAAAAAAAGAAGACAAAGCACAAAGCUCGAGGUCCAUAAAUGGCGCAUUGAAUUAGAAACCCUCAAAAAAGCAUAGUCUAUCACACAACUGUAACACCUCUUCGCAUGUGACUUCCCUUGUAAUAAUCACUUGUCACUUCCUUUUUUUUUCUUCUUCCUCUUCGCUUUCGUCUCCAUCCAACAACAGAUCACCAUGGCAGCUCAGUCUUUCAGUCUCAUCCUCAUUGUCUCUCUUCUCACCUUCGUUUCACUCCCGAGAUCUGAAUCUCUCUCCGAUAACCCAUCUCUCGUUCUUCUACCCGACGGCUUCGACUGGCCGAUCCCUCACGCCGACGAAUUCGACAUCAUCAACGGAGAAGAAAGCUUCGAAGUCACGGAGGAGGAAGACGACGACGACGGCGUAGAUCGACGGUCGCUGUACUGGCGGGGAAAGAAGUAUUACAUAUCGUACGGUGCAUUGUCGGCGAAUCGAGUCCCGUGUCCUCCCAGAUCUGGGAGAUCUUACUACACCCAUAACUGCUACAGAGCCAGAGGUCCGGUUCAUCCGUACCGCCGUGGAUGCUCGUCGAUCACUCGAUGCCGGAGAUUUUAGAUGAAAAAUCAUAUGGACUGGGCAUUUUCGUAAUUUCGCCAACCAUAUGGGAUUUAUGUAUUUCUUUGUUGUGUAAUGUGUGUUCCCCCGAUGUGUAAUUUGUUAAACCGGUUGAUUUAUUAUUAUUACUAGUUGUUACGUUCGUUAAAAAAACUAAACCCUUGGGGUUAUUUGUGUGUAAGCUCAAGAACAAUGCACUAAAAAUGGUGAUUUUUUACUUUAAAGGUUAAUGAGGGGUGGAUUUGGUAAA